AGAAAGAAUUAAUAAUGGAGAGCACACACUCAUCCCUGAGAGAAGAAGAAGCUCGGAAGAACAAUACUAGUGGGAGCAAGCCAGGUGGUUGGCCAAGCUUCCCCUUCAUCAUUGCCACAGUAGCUGGAAUAACACUUGCAAGCUCAGGGAUUUGGGCAAACUUGAUCGUAUAUCUGAUACAAGAGUUCAAUAUAAAGAGCAUCAGUGCUACUCAGAUUUCAAAUGUGGUUAAUGGAACCACUAAUCUAGUCCCAUUUGUUGCUGCUAUCAUUGCUGACUGUUUCUUUGGCUCUUUCACUCUUGUCUUGGUUUCCUCUUGUGUCUCUUUGCUGGGCACAAUUGUAUUUGCGUUGACUGCAAGCAUAAAAUCAUUAAGGCCUAAACAGUGCAUUAACAAUGGAUCAAACAUAUGCGAAGCAGCUUCUGUGAUGCAAUAUGGAGUGUUAUACGUUGGAAUAGCGCUAGUAGCAAUUGGUUUCGGUGGAACUCGCUUUACAACAGCAGCACUUGGAGCAAACCAGUUCCAUGAUAACACUCACCAUCAAACCAUCUUCUUCAACUGGUUCUUCUUCACUUGGUACGUUGUUUCAGUUGCAGGCUUCACCGGAUUGGUUUACAUUCAAGAUAAUGUGAGUUGGGGUGUGGGGUUCUGGAUAUGUGUGGUGUCAAACAUGAUUGGUGUCAUGGUUUUCUUGAUGGGGUACCGCUAUUAUCUCCCUCAAACUCCAAGGGGAAGAAGCGCCUUUGUGGAUCUUGCAAGAGUUCCUGUUGCUUCUAUUCGAAAGUGGAAAUCUCAGCUUUCAUCAUCAACACAGGACUACUACAAUGGUGCUCAUCAUCAUGAUGCUACGCUUCCAGCAGUCUCCGCAAUACCAGCAAAAAGAUUCAGGUUUUUCAAUCGUGCGGCUCUGCUUACUGAGGGAGACUCAAUUGAGAAAUCAUGGAGGCUAUGCACUGUUCAACAAGUGGAAGAUUUUAAGAAAGUGAUUGGAAUUUUGCCACUCUUGACUUCAAGUAUAUUCCUAGCAAUUCCAAUAGGAAUGGAAGCUAACCUAUCGCUUCUUCAAGCAUUGGUAAUGGAAGCUCACUUAGGACCCCAUUUCAAAUUCCCAGCAGGCUCCCUUGGUGUCAUACUCCUAAUCUCCACAUCUAUUUUCCUCUCUCUUCUUGAUAGGGUCCUAUGGCCAUUCUAUCAAAAAAUAACUGGAAAAACACCCACACCACUCCAACGAAUAGGAGUAGGACACGUGUUCAAUAUCCUGGGUAUGGUUGUUUCAGCAAUUGUUGAAUCCAAGAGGCUUAAGAUGUUCCAUGAUGCAAACAAGUCUAUGUCUAUACUUUGGUUGUUCCCACAAUUGGUGUUGGUUGGUGUCGGAGAAGCUUUUCAUUUUCCGGGGCAAGUUGCAUUCUAUUACCAACAACUCCCACAAUCACUGAGUAGCACAUCAACGGCCAUGAUUUCUUUGAUCAUAGGGAUAGCAUUUUAUCUAAUCACUGCGUUGACUCAUGAAGUUCGUAGAAGUACUCACUGGUUGCCUGAUAACAUUGAUUAUGGGAGAGUUGAUAAUGUGUAUUGGAUGUUAGUCCUCUUUAGUGGCAUCAACUUUGUGUAUUACCUCAUAUGUGCUACUUUCUACAAGUAUACCAAAAUUUAGGAGUGUGUUGUGUAGUUA